AUGAGUCCCAAACAAGUUGUGUUUAAGAAGAUGUCUCGGGACAAGACGGUGGGCGUGUACAUGGGGAGGAGGGACUUUGUGGAUCAUGUUGACUCUGUGGACCCAGUGGAUGGCGUUGUCCUGGUUGAUCCAUCGCUGCUGAAAGGAAACAAAGCGUUCGUCACGUUGUCCUGCGUGUUCCGCUACGGCCCGGAUGAUGAGGAGGUCCUGGGUAUAGCGUUCCGCAGGGACAUUUACAUGUGCACCCGGCAGGUGUACCCUCCCCUGCAGGACAAGGAGAAGAGCACACACACCAAGAUGCAGGAGAAACUGCUGCGCAAGCUAGGGGACAACGCCUACCCCUUCUUCUUUGAGCUUCCAGACAACCUGCCGUGCUCUGUGGGUCUGCAGCCUGCAGCUACUGAUGUGGGGAAGUACUGCGCUGUAGAUUUUGAAGUAAAGGCCUUUUCAGCCAAGAGCCCAGAUGAAAAAAUCCGCAAAAGGAGUUCCGUCGGACUGAUGAUCCGCAAGGUACAGUACGCUCCUGAGGAUGAUGGACCACCCCCCUCUGUGCAGACCACUUUUGACUUGGUCAUGUCCGAAAAACCUCUGCAUUUGGAGGCCAGCCUGGGGAAGAAGAUAUAUUAUCAUGGGGAGAAAAUUAACAUCCAUGUGGACAUCAACAAUACCUCCAACAAAACAGUGAAGAACAUCAUCUUAUUAGUGGAGCAGGUGGCCAAUGUGGUACUGUAUUCUAAUGACAGCUACGUGAAGGCAGUGGCUAUGGAGGAACCCAAUGAUACCGUGGAACCUGGUGCCACCCUGAAAAAAGUAUUCACCAUCCUCCCCUUGCUGGCUAACAACCAUGAAAAGAAGGGUAUAGCACUUGAUGGAAAGCUGAAGUAUGAAGACACCAGCCUAGCCUCCAGUAGCAUUGUCAAGGACGGUGUGCUGCAGGAGGUGCUGGGGAUCCUUGUGUCAUACAGAGUGGUGGUCAAGCUCAGAGUCGGCGGGUCGUUUGGAUACAGUGAGGUCAAAGUGGAGCUGCCCUUCCAGCUGAUGCAACGCAAACCUGAGCCAGAAAGUGUGCUGCCUGACAGUGAGCUGGAGGAAGGGGUGCUUGACGAUCUGAAGAACUGCUGCGUGAAGGGAUCGAAGGAAAACGAGGAGGAUGACGGCAACGCGUCCCCAGCCGAGGGGUGA